CGCGCACCGGACCUGCCGUGCGGGGUGGUGCGGAGCCGCGGAGUGUGUUUUGCGUAGGGCGAGAUGUUGUUUUGUUGUGGCGAUCAGCUGAAUGUGGCAUCGCCGUCCGGUCUGACACAACAGUGGAAAGCACCCCGAGCCCCUCCGGCUCCCCCUGCACAGAGACGCGGGCACGGAGAGCAGCUCUAUCCAGCAUCGCAAUCCAGGAAAUGCGGACUUGUGGCCCUUUCGCUACGGGAUAAAUGGCUGCAGCGCCCGUACUGUAGCAAGCUGUGCCUGUGAAGCGUCUCUGAGGGGGAAGACCAGACUGCUCUGUCAGACCCAUUCAGAAGCUGAGUGGCUAACAGUCUUGACAACCAACAAAGGAGGUACAGAGAAGACCUUGGGAGCGCUGUUAAAAUGGCUGAGGCUGGACAGAAGCAGAACUGCUUUGUACAGAGAGAUGAUCCAUGUUUACCUGCAACUGUACAGCUCCAGGGCACGUUUUAAUGAUGCCUCAUUUGGUCCUCUUCAAUAACUCUUGGCCCACGCUGAAAAAGGCCCUCCGUUGUGAUUUACAACUCAGUCUGUCGAUGUUCCCCUGCCUCUGACCUCUCUGCUGCCAUGCGGUUAGCCCCAUGAGGCUCCGAGAGCCCCUCCUUGUGUGUCUGUGAGGCCUCCUCCCCACUCUAUGGAGGCUGAGCCCAGCCGUCCGCCUGAUGGGGAGCGCUCUGGAAGGCAAGAGCAGCAGCAUGUGACAGCUGAAUCCUCACUAGGAUCUUGUCCACCUCAGCAGCCCCAGCAGCCUCCUAACCUUCGCCCCAUGCACAGAGCCUUGGGCCGCCUGCAAAACCGUCAACCCAGACGCACUGACCUUCUGCUUCGGUUACAGCAGCAGCAAGCAGUAGCAUGGCAGCAUUCAGACACGCCUGGUCCCUCAGGAGGCAGCUUCUUCUCUCCAGCUUCCUCAUCAACUUCAUCCCUCCCGUCUACUUCCUCUACCCAGGGAGAGCAUGGGGUCCCAUCUCAGCCCAGCCAAGAGGGCCUGGAAGGCCUCAGCUCACCCAGAAAAGGGGAGAAGAAACCUCAAAAACCAGGGAAAUAUGUGUGCACUUACUGUGGCCGUCCAUGUGCCAAGCCAAGCGUUCUUCAGAAACACAUUCGCUCCCACACAGGAGAAAGACCCUACCCUUGUGCCCCCUGCGGCUUUUCUUUUAAGACAAAGAGCAACCUGUACAAGCACCGCAAGUCCCAUGCCCAUCGUAUUAAAGCAGGCCUGGCAUCCAGCCGUGAUGAGCCCAGUUUGAGUGGACCAGAGGGCAGUGGCGUUGGAGAAGAGCCUGAGGAACACACUGAGGGAGAGAGCACAGAGUCUGAGGAAGAAACGGGCCAGCACAGGAAAUCUAAGGAGAUGUCUGGCCAGCAGAGGAAAGGUGGUAAGGAGCCGCUGGGAGGCUCAGAGGAAAGCCAGAGGCCAGAAGACUCCCAGGCUGUGAAGCAAAGGCUGGCACUGAGGCUUAGCGAGAGGAAACGUAGCCCAAUGGCUUCUCCAGAUGACCCUCCUUCCUCCUCCCUCUCCACCUCAUCUUCCUCUCUAGGCCCUGGCAGUAAGGGCAGCACAGAGUCUGGCUACUUCUCCGGGUCAGGAAGCACUGACUUGUCCCAAGUUAGCCCUCCAAGUGCCAGUGCCAAAACCUACGCAGAAAUUAUUCUUGGAAAAUAUGGAAGGCUGGGAGGGCAGCAGCGCAGUCCCCAUCAGCAGCAGCCACAUUCUUCACUCUCUUCAUCCUCAGGGACGGAGGAGAAGAGCAUUCCCUUUGCUGUACCCAAAACACAAGUUAUAGAACACAUUACCAAGCUCAUUACUAUCAAUGAGGCGGUAGUAGACACCAGUGAGAUUGACAGUGUGAAGCCCAGACGUUCCUCUCUGUCCAGGAAGAGCAGCAUGGAGUCACCCAAAUUUCCCACCCCGAAAGAUCCCUACGCAUUCGAUCCCAAAGGAGAAGCCCCUGGCCCCAGUGGUUUGAGGCACCUCCACAAUCCCGAGGCAGACCCAGCAGGUACCCAGGAGCUGUCAGCCGUGCCUCUGCUCAGAAGCCACUCGAUGCCGUCCUCUACAAGCCAAGGAGAGCCCUCCACCUCUGGCACCAUGUCCCCCAGAGGGUACCGUCUCUGCCAGUCAUUCGAUGAGCAGCAAGCGGUGGUAGCAGAGAUGAGGGUCGGUCAUGCCCAGCGAAUGCUGAGGCGCCAGCCUGCCAUAGAAGUUCCACUGGGAGCUGAGCUAAUGCUGGAGGAGGCUGGCCCCACUCCCUCCUCCUCAGCCAGAGGUGCUGAACCAGCCAGGCAGCCACAGCAACAGCAGAAGAGUCCGACGCUGUUUGAAUGUGAAGCAUGUGGUGCCCACCUCCAACACAGUGAAGGCUAUGAGACCCACAGAGGCAAAUGCCCAGGGCAGCAAACCCUGGAACAAGAGAGCGGGGAUGCAAGUAAAACAUACAGGGAGGAUCGCCCCCAGAUGAUGAUGCACUAUAAGUUCCGAGCGCUGGCCAUGGCGGUGAGAAAAAGGAGGAAAGAGGAGAGUCUGGAGGAGGAUCCUCCCAGCCCGGGAUCUGUAGCCAUGUCAGGCAGCUCUGCAGGCUUCAUUCCUGUGCCAAGCAGACCAGAGCACAGCCAGGCCCUCUCAGGUGUGACUUUACAGACUGAGCCAAAACAACCCCAGCAGCAGGACAGGAAGGGUGUGUCUGUCAUCCAACACACAAGCUCUUUUGAGAAGCAGGAGAGCAUAUCCAUGGAGAGUCAGGAACCAGAACUCAGAGAGAGUCAGCAAACACAACAACCCGAGCCAAAACCAUCACCCUCUACAUCUCGCCUCAUACGCCAGCCAAACAUCCAAGUGCCAGAGAUCCUUGUUACUGUGGAGCCUGAUGCUGACAUGCCAUCUGUGUCACCGCCAGGGACGGCAUCCUCAUCCAAGGAGGCAGAGAGAGUGGAGGAGUUCCAGUGGCCUCAGCGUAGUCAGACUCUGGCCCAGCUCCCUGCUGAGAAGCUGCCACCAAAGAAGAAGAGACUCCGCCUGGCAGAAGCAGCCCAGUCAUCUGGGGAGUCUAGCUUUGAGUCUGUGUCUUUGCCUCGCAGCCCCAGUCAAGAGAGCAACAUCUCCCACACUUCAAGCCUUUCUGCUUCUUUUGAGGACACAGCAAGGUCAGAGCCUGCCAUCUGGGCCUCCAGUAGCCAAAGCUCCCAGAUGUUGAUGGUGCCAUCCGCUUCCCACCAACACCACCAAAGCCACAAGGAGAUGAGGCGCUCGGCCUCAGAGCAGACCCCAGCCAGCCCCCAACAAACAGAGCAGAUCUCAGAAACCAGAAGUAAGUCAUUCGACUAUGGGUCCCUGUCCCCUCAGCAGUCUUCAUCCUCCUGGAAAGAAAGAAGAAAGUGUCUCCUUGUGAAACAUGCCACGUUAGGGGAACCUGAGCAGGAGGAGGGGACCACCACGAGUCAGCUGUCCAGAGCAGAAAGUCCAAAGCCUGGGCCUUCCCACUCUAUCCAUCCUCCUCUCUACUCAAUACAGACAAGCCCCCGGUUCAGCAUGGAGGCCACGGGGAAAGCCUUGCAGCUGAUACAGCCACGAAUUUUCCCGCCUUCUCAGGAUGUGCUCCCUUUGCAGCAAGUGUUUCCCCCAGGAUCACUGUCCCAGCUACUCCCGGUCACCACCGCCAUCUCUGAAGUACUGUCCACUCAGUUCAUCCACAGAGCCUUCCUACAUUCACAGACAGCAUCUCCACCUGUACAGAUACAUCCUGCGCAGAUCCACAUGGCAGAACGAUUGGGUAUACCAUUCCAUCAGCUUCCUGCUCUAGUUCCUCUCCAGUUCUCUUCCAGGACUCGAGCCAGUCAGGCUCUGUACUUGCCUUUCCCUCCAAGACUAACUGCAAAUGUUCCUUCCCUUCCCACGACAGAGAACAGACCCUCCGUCUCUUCCAUGUCUCCUGCCCUCACACAUCAGUCCCUUGUAAGAAUCUCUUACCACCACCCACGGCCGGUCAUCGCCACCUGCCUGGCACAGCUUACACCUGUAGUGUCCCUUGUGGUGCCAGUGCGUCUCCAGACUCAUAUACCUACCUACGCCAGAUCCAUGUACACCACCCUGUCCCAGAUCCUGGCCUCCACCCGCUCACAGGAACCCAUUUCUUGCACAGCUAUGGUCGUCAUGGGGCAGGUGGAGCGGGACAAACUGCAAAGGUCCUACUUGAAGGUCCCCUCCCCGGACAUCAAGAGCCUUCUUCCUUUGUCUCUGCCCACAGAACUGGCCUCAGGCUCUGGGGAGGGAUACGGUCCACUGGGGGCUGGAGGAAGUAAACGCAUGCUUUCUCCUGCAGCCAGUCUGGAGCUCAGCACAGAGGCCCAGCGUCACCAGAAAAGGGUGAAAGAGGAGGAGGAAGGGGAGCAGCAUAAGGCAGGAGAGGAAGAGGAGGAUGUAGAAGAAAAGGCACGACGGGAGGAAGAGGGUAAAAACACUGGGAGAAAACUGGAAGAGGGGGAGCAGAAACAGCCGGAGAGUGUAGAGGAAACAACUGUGAAAGUGGAGGAGGAGCAGGAGGAAAUACCAAGGGAGCAUAAAGAGCAGAAGGAGGAUGAGGAGAAGGAGUCUGUGGAAAAGACGAGUAAAAAAAAGGAGGAGAUGCCAGUUGUGGAAGAAGAGGUUGAAAGACCAGCUGCCCCUUCAUACCCCAGCCUCCACACCUCCACCUCAGUCAACUGGUGCUACCUGAACUAUGUCAAGCCCAACCCGUCUGCCCUGAGGGACCCACGCAGCUCCGUUUAUUCUACCUGGAGCAUCAGUGCUCACAACCCCAACCUGCCGGGCCUCAGCACUAAGGUGGCGUUGUCUCUGUUGUGCUCAAAACAGAAGCACAGCUCCGAGACUUACACCAUGGCUAUGGCUCAAACCCCGGCCAAAAGCAAAUUGGCCCCUGCCAGUAGUAGGACCCCACGUGUGUCAGAGGUACAUGCCACCCCACCCAGCACCCUCACUAAAGUAAAGGAUCUGCAGCAGCAUGACAAGGAGGAGAAUAAAGAGAUGAGAGAAGAGGAAGAACCCUCCACUUCUAAACAGAGCGAGCCCUCUCGCGUUCGCAUCUUUGAAGGCGGGUUUAAGUCCAAUGAAGAGUAUGUUUAUGUAAGAGGUCGCGGCCGGGGCAAGUACAUAUGUGGAGAGUGUGGCAUCCGCUGCAAGAAGCCUAGCAUGCUGAAAAAGCACAUCAGAACGCACACCGAUGUCCGUCCGUACAUUUGCAAACACUGCAAUUUUGCCUUUAAAACCAAAGGGAACCUUACUAAACACAUGAAGUCAAAGGCUCAUGGGAAGAAAUGCCAGGCAAUGGGAGUAUCUGAGUCAUCACUGGACGAGCCAGAGAGCGAGGAAACAGAAACGGCAGGAAGUGAUGAGCGUGUGUGUGGCUCAGAGGAACAGGAGGAACAUCAGUUUUCUGACGUGGAGGAGUCUGAGGAUGAAGACGACAAUGAUGAUGAAGAAGAGGAAGAGGAAUCUGCAUCCCACGAUGAUCCACCAUCCUCCUGUUCGUCAGACACCCACCCGUCAACGGGAGGGCGUUCGAGCUGCAGUCGGCGCUCUCAGCAGGGCACUCCUGACCCCGAGGCCCCGGGCCUCAGUCCCAGCUCGGGUCAGGAGCCCUCCCCGAGGGGAGUUUGGCGCAGCAGACGAGCCGCAUCUCCAGGAAGCAGGAGAGCGCUGUUCUCCCAGCGGGGCUGGAAGGCAUCGCCGAGAGGUUUCUCCCCCAGCAGUGAGAGCUGUUCCCCCAGCCGCAGCCUCUCCCCGCGUCUGGAGCUGUCCUCCCCCAUCCACAGCCUCUCCCCCAGGACAGAACUGUCCUCGCCCAGCCGACACGUCUCACCCUCUCCCGAGAGAGGACCAUCUCCCAUCAGACCUCUUUCUCCUCUUCGUCCCAUUUCGUCCAGCUGCUACCGGUCACAAGCUCGGACUCCUCCUUCACCUCUUGGGCUACAGCACUGUACCCCUGGAUACUUGCCGUGGGAGAGCCCUGGCACAAAGGGUUGUCACAUAAAACCUGUGAAAAGGGGUAAUGCAGCAGCGGGGCCAACAUCACCUGAAGCCAGCUUGUUUCCACCUACUUUUCGUCUUUCCACCUGUGAGGGUUAUCCCGGCCACCAAACAACAGACAACAUUUUUAGCCAUCUUCCCAUGCACUCCCAACAAGCCAAGGUCCCCUAUCUGAUGAUCCCCAUCGGAGGGAUCCAAAUGGUACAAGCCAGACCGAGGUCCCACCCGACCACCCCCUCGUCGCCAACGUCUCCCCCCAUGGAGGGGCCGUCCCUGGCCAGGUUUGAAUCAUACUGGGGCGGGACCCCCAGAACUCAAGGGCUUAGGACUCCUGGAGACCACUGGUCAGAGCACCAGGCAGCAGGAACCAGCCAGUCAGGGCGGUGCGCUCUAAGCACAGCACCAACAAGUUCCAAACCGGAGUUGGAGACCACGGACUUAAAGCAAUAUGGCAGCUCACACGGCUCCGCCCAAACCUGCAAGCCUGCUACUGGGACCACCAAACACUGCGUCAGUGACAGUUCAAGAGCAGCCCUCAGUCUAGCAGCUCCUGUAGCCUCGCGUGUCACCAGACAGCAGCCAGAGGAGGAGGAGCCGCCGUCUGAUGGUGAUCUGGUGGAGGGAGGAGCUAAAGGAGACGGAACAGACCAGAGCACUUAACAGUGUCUACACCUUGAUGCGUCACGCAUCCCAUUUUGCUUUAUUGGUUGCUACACUAGUCUUGUUUUUUUAUUGCUUCAUUUUUAUACAGUUUUCAAUACUAUUGUUAACUUAAAUGUUUGUUCUUUGGCAAUAUUCAGGUUUGUUAUAAAA